AACCAUGUCGAGACCUGAACAGAUCGCCCCUCCAGAGGUAUUCUACAAUGAUUCCGAGUCUCACAAAUAUACAUCAUCCACACGUGUCCAGCACAUUCAGGCCAAGAUGACCUUAAGAGCUUUGGAAUUGUUAAAUUUGGACACUCAAGAUCCUCAUUUCAUCCUUGAUUUGGGAUGUGGUUCUGGAUUAUCAGGAGAGAUUCUCACUGAAGAAGGAUAUAACUGGGUAGGAAUGGAUAUUUCACCAAGUAUGUUGGCCACCGGUUUGGACAGAGAAGUGGAAGGAGAUCUUUUUUUGAGUGAUUUGGGUAAUGGUGUACCUUUUAGAGCAGGUACUUUUGAUGCCGCAAUUUCUAUUUCUGCCAUUCAGUGGUUGUGUAACGCUGAUACUGCCAAUGUGGACCCCAAGAAGAGAACCUUGACCUUCUUCAACACCUUAUACGCAUCAUUGAAGAGAGGAGGCAAAUUCGUGGCCCAGUUCUAUCCUAUGAACGACUCACAAACCGAAACUAUCUUAUCUUGUGCCAAAGUGGCUGGGUUUGGUGGUGGUUUGAUUAUCGAUGACCCUGAAUCGAAGAGACACAAAAAAUACUACUUAGUGUUGACUGCCGGUAUGGCUGAAAGAAACAUCAACUUGACAGGUGCCGAAAUGGAUGCCCCAGACACUGUCAAGAAGCCAAACAGAAAGCUGCUCAAGAAGAUGGAAAGUAAGAAGGAUUUCAUCGCCAGAAAGAAGGAAACUAUGAGAAGAAGAGGUAAAAAGGUGGCCCUUGAUUCCAACUUCACCGGAAGAAAGAGACGUCCUCGUUUCUAAGCAACUACCCAUUAUGUAUAUUAGUCUAGCAUCGUAUAACAUACCUAUGUAUACCUUUUUAAUUCAUUCAUGUGUC